AUGAUACGGAGUCGCCGAGAGCUCAUCGCCGCCACCUCCAUCUUUGCUGUCGCUGCGCUCGCCGCACUGUGCUGCCAACCGCGGCCUAGCGUACCGCUCGUCGACUUGCGUGCUCCGGCUUCGGUGCAGCGGGAGGCUUGGGCUGCCGGCGCAGCGCUCGGCGCCGUGCGGCUCGUCGGGCAUGACCUCGACAUCGCGGCGGCGCUCAAUGCCUCACGCUCCCUCUUUGCUCUGCCCGAACCGACCAAGCUCGCCGCUGGCUCUCUCGAUGGGCGGCCUGGCUUCCAGCGCGGCUACUUGGCCAUCGGCGGCGAGAGCGGUCUGGCUGCGAACCUCGAGCUGAAGGAGGGCUUCUGCUAUGGGUACGAGUGGCCGGCGAACGCGCCUGUGGAGAAUGGCUUGUGCGGCCCGAAUCUGUGGCCCGAGGGCAGCGAGGGCGCGCCCUGGCGGGCGGAGCUGACUCACUACUUCCACGCCGCGGCGGGCGCAAUGCAGCGCGCGACCGCGCACAUGGCGGAGGCGCUGCUGCUUCCUGUGGACGCGGCCUCGCUGCUGCGCGGCGGCGAGCGCAUCUCGAUCAUGCGCCUCUUCCACUACUUUUCAGCGGCGGAGCACGCCCACAUCGCGCCAGGCAAGCCGCGCACCGGCUCGUCGGCGCACACGGACUGGCACGUGGCGACCCUCAUCGCGCAGGACGGCACCGGAGGGCUGCAGCUGCUCGGCGCCGACGGGGCGUGGGUGGGCGUGCCCCCGCUCGCCGGCGAGGUGGUGGUGCUGCUCGGCGACUACCUGCACCUCCUCUCGCGCGGGGCGACUCACUCGCCCAUCCACCGCGUCCUGCUGCCGCCCGAGCGGCGGCACCGCUACUCGCUCACUCUCUUCGGCUACCCCAGCUUUGACGCGACGCUGCCCGCCGAGGCUGCGGCCGCGGCCGAGCUGCCGCCGUCGCACACUCGCGCGCAGCUCGCCGCGGCGGGCGCCUUCAACACGCUCGUCAACGGCUCGGACCCGCAGGCGAGGCUUCGCUUGGCAGAGGAGGCCUUUGGGGAUUUGGUGCUCGACAAGUGGCGCGGCGUCGCUGCGAAUCGAGUCGGCAGUCGGUCGGACCGUGCAGGGAGUGACGCAGUGUGA